UCUAUUCUACAACUAUUUGUUAUUCAGUGAGUUAACCAUUUUACCUCAAAUGUAUUUCCUUCUAUUCGUUCACAGCAGUUUGACCAUUUUGAUGCACCGCUCUCGCUAUCAGCUGUUUUCCUUCAGUGACGUAUGGAGUGUAGAACAGUUAUGUGCGAGAAUGUUUACAUCAUUUUUAUGUGCCGCAGUCUGAACGCCGCACAAUAGCUGCGAUGGUCGUAAUCAUCUUUCGCUAAUUCAUCAAUUCGAGAUUAAAAAUCAACAUUGAUCGAUAAAAAUGGCUCAAGUUUAUCGUAAACUUGUCUCUGAAAAGUUGGCUCGUAUUUGCGGGACAAAUGUUCAAAUACCUAUGACGGCGCUACAGUUUACAUACCAGCGAGCAACGCGUACGCCAGAAUUGAGUAUGUUAGCGCAGUAUUUAGGACAAGGGUUUGAUCAAAAAUCAUUCGACAGGAGUGCUGAGUGCAUCGUAAAGGAUGAUGAACACCUUGCCACGGUCACGACAGAAGAGCGAUCGGGCAAGAAGUGGGUAAAACUGUCACUUGAAAAAAUGAAGCUAAUACAAACGGUGCUGGAGAGGAAGCCGUUGCAAGAGGAAUACGAUACAGCCACCAGUAAAACUAUGAUAGUCGAAUUCAGCUCACCCAACAUUGCAAAGCCGUUUCACGCAGGCCACCUACGAUCCACCAUUCUGGGAAACUUUUUAUCCAACUUGAAUGAAUUUCUCGGUAAUCGAGUGUUACGGCUUAACUACCUUGGCGAUUGGGGCACCCAAUUUGGAUAUUUAGCACUGGGAGUUCAACUGAAAGGUCUUUCGCCAAAGGAUAUCCACCAAGAUCCAAUAAAAUGUCUGUAUGACGCGUACGUGCAUGCAUACGAGGCAGCUCGAAAUAGUCCCAACAUGCAUGAGCAUGCGAUGAACAUUUUCGCGCGCAUGGAAAACGGUACCGCGGAUGACUUGGAUCAGUGGCAGGAAUAUCGUGCCUACACGGUGAAAGAGCUGGAGGAGCUGUAUCGCCGGCUUGGAGUUUACUUCACUAGCUACGAAUGGGAAUCACAAUACGGUGUGAACAAAAUAGCGCACGUGCUGGAAACCCUUAAACAGCGCGGCCUGCUGAUCGAUCAAACGGAUGGGCGAAAAGUUGUACAGCUUCAACAGCGGAAGAUCCCGAUCGUGAAAAGCGAUGGAUCGGGAAUGUACCUGCUGCGGGACAUUGCCGCAUUGAUGGAUCGUUACAAUCGGUUCGAGUUUCAUAAAUGCAUCUACGUGGUCGAAAAUGGACAGAACGAUCACUUUGCAUCACUGAGUGAGAUCGCCCAUUUGCUCUGUCUACCGUAUGCGGCAGGUGUUGAGCAUGUAAAAUUUGGUCGAAUACAUGGAAUGAGUACCAGGAAGGGUAAGGUGGUAUUUCUAAAAGAUAUUCUCCACGAGGCACAGCAACUGGUACAGGAGAAACAACGUGAAUCGCCCUACACCAAAACAAAUGCUGCCGACGAUCCCUCGGUCUGUGAUAUUCUGGGAACAAGUGCAGUCAUUAUAAAUGAUUUGAAACAGCGACGCAUGAAAGACUACAAUUUUGAUUGGUCAAAAAUUCUCCGAAUGGAAGGAGAUUCCGGAAUAAAGCUUCAGUACACGCAUUGCCGUCUGGCUAGCCUGUUACACGCACAAUCAUCUGCAGAAGAUAUAAUGAGCAUUCAGUGCGACGGGAGUAGUUUAGUGGAACCGGAAGCAUUAGAUUUGGUGUGCCAGUUGGCCAAUUUCAAGCCAGUUUGCUACCAAGCUCAAGAGGCCGCAGAAGCAUGCAUACUGGUCACCUAUCUCUUUCGGCUAUGGGCGUGUUACAGGUCGUCUUGGUUACGGGAACGGGUACUCCGAUGGGCGUUCUUACGCAGGCAUCAACGAAGAAAUUAUGUACGUGAGCAUAGGAAUGGGAAUCAUCAUUGCCAUUCUGAUUUGCAUCGCGCUGUGCUACAUUGCUCGGGAGAAUUGUAAAAAUAAGCGCGAAUAUUACAUUACGGCCUAAACAUGGGGUGAUUCUGCCCAGGCGGGGCGGCGGAGUUUACCCUGAUCAUGUGUUGUUUACAGUUAACUUUUAUCUAUUGCUUUAUAUUCUGCUGUUUUACGCUCAAUACAUGGUCAACCACGGUCCAGGCUCGAUGUAGGGCUCGAGCUAAACACAAAGAAAGUAAUACCGGUCCGGAACUCCGUUCCGGUCGGAAAGUAAACUCGUGUUAACGGAAAAGUCUGUUUGUUGCAAAACAAUAAGUACAUAAUACGUAUAUGUUCCUUUUAUACAUUAUACACAGUUUGUGGAAUGUAGACGUCUAUUUUGAAAGUUAUAAUGAAUAUAUUAAUGUAUACAAACAGCUACGAAAAUGGAAUGGAAAUGCAAUGUUUGGAGUAGCUAAACUCUCUAGUUUGUAAAUCGAUCGUCAUGAAUCGAAGGCUGAAGGAUUACAAAAUGUACUGCGCUGGUGAAACAUUGUACUAAUAAAAUCAAAAUGUUUACGGCUUUA